GGCAUAGCCGGGAUGGGUGGGCGCCCGGGUCGCGAGUCCUCAGCGCCAAACUACAACUCCCAGGAGGCGUCGGGCGCCCACAGCCCGCGUGACGUCACGGCGGCAGAGGGCGCAGGCGGCUCGGCUCGCCCGGCCGGUCGACGGUUCGGGCUGUUCCGCUCGGACCCGGGCCCUGGCUCUGGCCCCGCGAUGGGAGCUGCUUUCCAGGAGCCGAGCUUGUCAGCAUCCUCCAUGGGCCCUCGCCCCUGAAGUCAGAGAAGAGUCCCAGCCCACCUACACCCCUCGUCCUGUUUUGGGGUCGCCUCCAUCCCUUGGGUCCUCAGCCCUCGCGGCUGCUCAGUCUGUCAAAGGGACAGGAUGAUGAUACUGGCAUCGGUGCUGGGGAGCAGUCCCCGGGGCGGGGCUCCACUCUGGCCCCUCCUGGGGAUGGCACUCUCCCUCAGGGCCCGCUCAACGUCAGCCACCGAUACACACCAUGUGGAGAUGGCCCGGGAGCGCUCCAAAACAGUCACCUCCUUUUAUAACCAGUCAGCCAUCGAUGUGGCUGCAGAGAAGCCCUCAGUCCGCCUCACUCCGACCAUGAUGCUCUAUUCCGGCCGCUCUCAGGAUGGCAGCCACCUUCUGAAAAGUGCCCGGUACCUGCAGCAGGAGCUGCCCGUGAGGAUUGCUCACCGCAUCAAGGGCUUCCGCUGCCUUCCUUUCAUCAUUGGCUGCAAUCCCACCAUACUGCACGUGCACGAGCUGUACAUCCGUGCCUUCCAGAAGCUGACAGACUUCCCUCCGAUCAAGGACCAGGCAGAGGAGGCCCAAUACUGCCAGCUGGUACGACAGCUGCUGGAUGACCACAAGGAUGUGGUGACCCUCUUAGCUGAGGGCCUGCGUGAGAGCCGGAAGCAUAUAGAGGACGAAAAGCUUGUCCGCUACUUCUUAGACAAGACACUGACGUCGAGGCUUGGGAUCCGCAUGUUGGCCACCCAUCACCUGGCGUUGCACGAGGACAAGCCCGACUUUGUUGGCAUCAUCUGUACUCGUCUGUCACCAAAGAAGAUUAUUGAAAAGUGGGUGGACUUUGCCAGACGCCUGUGUGAGCACAAGUAUGGCAAUGCCCCUCGUGUCCGCAUUAACGGACAUGUGGCUGCCCGUUUCCCUUUCAUCCCUAUGCCACUGGACUACAUCCUGCCUGAGCUGCUCAAGAAUGCCAUGAGGAUUUCAGAUCGGGGUGGAGGAAUCGCUCAUAAAGACCUGGAUCGGGUCAUGGACUACCACUUCACUACAGCUGAGGCCAGUACCCAGGAUCCCCGGAUCAGCCCCCUCUUUGGCCACCUGGACAUGCACAGCGGUGGCCAGUCAGGACCCAUGCACGGGUGAGGCCUCACCUGGCCAGGAUGGAAGGGCGGGGGGCCCUAGGAGAUUCCAGCCUCAGAAGCCCCUGUCUUAUCCCCCUGUCCGUCCCCAGCUUUGGCUUCGGGUUGCCCACAUCACGGGCCUACGCGGAGUACCUUGGUGGUUCCCUGCAGCUGCAGUCCCUGCAGGGCAUUGGCACAGAUGUCUACCUGCGACUCCGCCACAUCGAUGGCCGGGAGGAAAGCUUCCGAAUCUGAUCCCACAGCCUUUGGCUUGCUCGCCUGCCCAGCCUGGGCCACAUUCCCUGCCGGGACCUUCCAGGUCAGGCAGGGUGACACUCUGCUCCACACGCUGCUGCAUCUUGGGUCUCAGGGCCCCAGACAGAUGGACUUACAUGGAGCUGGGCACUGCUCCUCCUCAAUAGGGCCCGCCGCUUCCUUGCCUCUGGCCUUGGAGGGGAAGAAACGGGGACCCCUGAGGCCUCUAGCACCAGCUCCGUCAUUCUCGUUCCUGGGGAACCCCUACUUGACCUGUUGUUUGUUAUUAAAGUUCGCAUUUUGAAUGCCC